AUGAUACGACAGAAGCGUACACACAACUCUAAGAGUAGAAAAACUCACAGCCACAGCCACAUCGAGCCGUUAGAUUACCAUGACUCGACCAGCGCAACGUCGGCGGAUUUUGCGGGAUUUGUAGAUCCUAUACUAGAUGGAUCAGCCAUCUUUGACGAAUUUCUCUUCUGGAUGGACGAUACUGACACUACCCGGAAUCGUAUCAAUGGAGACGAAGUGCCAAUGGCAUCAAUACAGCACAUAUCAGGAAAUCUGGCAUCAGUAGACCCGUAUCCAAAUGCUCUGGAUAAGUUGAGUACCGGAGUGCCGGAUUUCCUGGGCAACCCGAGCAGCGAGGACCGGACGAUGGAGCGGAGUGGAAAACAUCGCUGUUGGGACCACGGGUGCAACGGGCGUGAAUUUUCGUCGAAGAGCAACUUCGUGAGACACGUCAAGGAGAGGUCGGGGGCUAGUACUAAGGGCGUAUGCCCCCUAUGCGGAGCGAUUUUCACCCGCAACUCUGCUAGGGAUACGCACCUGGCCAAGCAGAGCUGCAAUAGAAUCCGUCGUUAUUCCAAUGGUCGACCGCGACCCAGCCGGCUCGCCGUCUUGGGAAAUCCCCGUCUUGCAGCUGCAGCUGUGGCCGCGACCCAAGAUAUCCAUUGGCAGGCCGUGGACUGGGGCGUGGGAUCCAUGACCGACUCUGGCGCAGGCGGGAUACAGCCGCCGAGCUGA